CAGCCACUCAUUCACUCACUGACAAGGUGUAGUGAGAAGAGGGCUGAGGAUCGGAGCAUCCCCUCCCUGUUCUGGCCAACCGUCCUUGGAGCAUAGAGGGUCUCCAGCGGCGUGGGUGCAUUUGAGUGAGCUGAGCGGGGGACAACGGUGCAGAGAAGAUGCAUCGCUCCAUGCUGUUCACCGGUCUCUUGAUAGCCGGCAGCAUCAAAGUGGCAGACUCCGCCGCAUCGGAUCCCCAAAAUUCUUGCUAUGACAAUGGGAAAUAUUACCAGAUAAACCAGCAGUGGGAGCGUGCUUACUUGGGUCGAGUGUUGAUAUGUACCUGCCAUGGCGCAGGUCGAGGCUGGAACUGUGAAUCCCAACGUGAUGAGGUGGAGAAAUGCUUCGAUCAGUACACUGGGGAUAGUCACCUUGUUGGUGACACAUGGGAGCGCCCGAAGGAUGGCAUGAUUUGGGACUGUACCUGCAUUGGAGCAGGCAGAGGAAGGAUCAGCUGUACUAUUGCAAAUCGGUGCCAUGAGGGAAGUCAGUCCUACAGGAUUGGUGAUACCUGGCAGAGACCUCAUGAGGAGAGUGGCGAUAUGCUGGAGUGUGUCUGCCUUGGAAAUGGGAAAGGAGAAUGGACCUGCAAAGCACUAGCGGAAAAGUGCUUUGAUGGUGUGUCCAAGACUACCCACGUUGUUGGAGAGACCUGGGAAAGGCUGCACCAAGGCUGGAUGAUGAUUGAGUGCACGUGUCUGGGAGAAGGCAAUGGACGCAUCAGUUGCAGUUCACGAAACCGGUGCAAUGAACAGGAUCUCAUGAAGUCCUUCAAAAUUGGUGAAACCUGGACCAAAAAAGACAACAGGGGAGCAGAACUUCGCUGCACCUGCCUUGGCAAAGGUCGUGGAGAGUGGGAAUGUGAAGCUUAUAUGGCGGCUCAGGAGUACGGCUCAGGAGGCGACAAAAUUACUAACUUAUUAAAAAACAAUUUUUCUUUUCUAGAAAGGGAAUUCAAGAGUCAGUGCAUGAGCGAACCAGGUGUUUACUACUCUGAUGGAAUGCAGUGGAUCCACGUGAAAGGCAACACCCGAAUGUUAUGUACCUGCCUGGGUACUGGUGUGAGCUGUCAGGAACAGUCAGAGCAUACUUAUGGGGGAAAUAGCAAUGGACGACCCUGUGCGUUUCCCUUCACAUUCAUGGGAAGGACCUACAAAUCUUGCACCACCGACGGACGACAAGACGGCACAUACUGGUGCAGCACCACAAGCGCAGAAUUCGUCAAAGGCGGCAUGUACUCUUUUUGCUCCAAACCAAUCUCCACUUUUAUCCAUACUAGAGGAGGGAACUCAAAUGGUGCAUUAUGCCACUUCCCCUUCCUGUACAACAGACGGAACUACAGUGAGUGCACAUCUGACGGGAGGAAGGAUGGCAUGAAAUGGUGCGGGACGUCUACAAAUUACGACGCUGAUGGAAUGUUCGGUUUCUGCCCGAUGGCAGAAUCGGAUGAAGUGUGCACCCCCUCUCCAGGGGAUAUGUUUCGCGUUGGAGAGCAGUGGGACAAACGUAAUGACGAAGGAAAAAUGCUGAGAUGUACAUGUGUAGGAAAUGGCCGUGGUGAAUGGAGUUGCAUAGAACAUACUCAGCUUCUAGACCAAUGUACAGUGGAUGGAGCAAUCUACCAAGUAAACCAGAAAUUUAACAAGCAGCAUAAGAUGGGUCACCAGAUGAACUGCACUUGCUUAGGGGAAGGCCGAGGGCGUUGGAAGUGUGAUGCCAUUGACCAAUGCCAGGACAACGAUUCGGGCACGAUUUACCAGAUUGGUGAUACAUUUCAAAAGACAAUGAACGGGUUGACAUAUUCGUGUCAUUGUAACGGCCGAGGAAUUGGUGAAUGGACCUGUGAAUCAAAACAAGAGGGAAAUGUACCCGUCUUGGUACCCAAAGUGAGUAACAGGACAGAUGCCCAUCCCGUUGAAUGGAUCCCAGCACAUGCUAUUCCAGCCAAACAGUACAUUGUGCGUUGGAGGCCUAGAAACUCAAGGAUACAAUGGCGCAUGGUGACCAUUCCAGGCCACAUGCAUUCCUACACGAUUGGUUCGCUGCGCCCCGGUAUCACCUAUGAGGCCCAGCUGAUCAGCAUCAUGCACAACGGCCAGAGACAAGUCACCGACUUUGGAUUCACAACCUCGAGUGGACCUCCUCCAGGCGAGGACAGGUACCGGAGUCCUGAGUCCAUCGCUGAAGUCACUUCCAACAGUUUUGUGGUGUCCUGGUCAUCUGCCUCCAACUCGGUGUCAGGCUUCAGGAUCAAGUACACGCUCAGCGAGGAUGGCGCGGAGCCCCAGUACCUAUAUGCUCCAAAGACAGCCUCAAGUUUUACCAUUCCCGACCUGCUGCCUGGGCGCAAAUACGUUGUGAAUGUUAUUGAAAUUUCGUCAGAAGGAGAAACUGUGAUUCUAACAACGACGCCCAAAACAGCACCUGAUGCUCCCACUCGCCCCAAAGUGAACAAGGCGGAAGACACCUCAAUCACUAUCAGUUGGUCCAAACCUGAAGCCCCCAUCUCAGGUUACCGGGUGGUGUACAAGCCCUCUGUGGAAGGGGCCAGCACCGAGAUCAAUCUGCCUAGUACCACCACCAAUCUGACCCUUACUGACCUCAACCCUGGCACCAAGUAUAGCAUCAACAUCUACUCCGUGGAAGAGAACCAGGAGAGUGCCCCUCUGCUCAUCCUGCAUUCUACAACGGGUAAUCCAAUCCCAGAUAUCACGAAGCCUCCUACAAAAAUAAAGUUCAGUGCCAUCACUGACACCACGUUUAUUGUCUCAUGGACACCACCAAUCGGCAAGAAACCAAACUACGCGGUCACAGUCCAACAGAUCAGCGAUCGAGGCCGGCCAGUCAUCUCCCUGCCUAUUUCUAAGAGUAGCUACGUUCAGAUCACCAACCUGGAGCCGGGGUCUACUUAUCGCUUUCGUGUGUACGCAAUGGACGAUGGGAGAAAGAGCAGCCCGCUAAUCGGGGAGCAAGCCACCAAACUUGAUACUCCGACUAACCUGGACUUUGUAGGCAUCACAAAUUCGUCGGUGCUGGUGACCUGGAAUCCUUCCAGAGCAAAAAUUACUAACUAUUUUCUCACCUGGAGCCCGACGAUCAACAAUAAACCCAAAACUCUAGGACUCCAUCCAAGUGUCACACGCCAUCAGCUGAGCGGACUGCUGCCCGGGACCGAGUACAGUGUUGCUCUUGUGGCAAAGCAAGGCAACAUUGAAAGCCCAAGGAUUCAUGAUGUUGUAACGACUUUAGAGACACUGGGGCCAGUACCUAACUUCAACACUGAGGUGACAGACACAUCUAUUAGAAUUACUUGGACGCCAAUGCCCAGGGUAUCAUUCAAGGUUAAUGUCCGGCCCUCCCAAGGUGGAGAAAGUCCUCGUGAAGUAAUCACAGACAAUGGGAAUAUCCUCAUCUCUGGCAUGACCCCUGGGAUAGAUUAUACUGUAUCCAUUACAGCACUUGUGGAUAACCAGGAACAGGGGAGUCCCGUUGUCAAGAAGGUUGUAACAAAAAUCGCCCCACCAAUCAACCUGCAAAUUUAUUCGGAAAGAUUGGGGAAGAAAAUGUAUUGGGAAGAAGGACGGACACCAGGUGUCACGGGCUAUCGAGUAACAGCUACUCCAAAACCAGGCCAACCUGGUAACAUGAUAGAGGAGAUCCUGGAACCUCACAUCACUUACUGGACCCUGGACAAAUUGGCCCCUGGUGUUGAAUAUGACAUCAGUGUUUUUAGCCUCAAGGGCCAGAUGGAAAGUUUGCCAUUAACCACGGAGAUAACCCAAGAAAUCCCCCAACUCACUGACCUGACCUUCGUUGACGUAAGUGACACGACCAUCGGCUUGAGGUGGACGCCGCUUAAUUUUUCGGCCAUUACUGGCUACCGCAUCACUGUCAUAGCGGCGGGGGAGACCGUUCCCAUUUUUGAAGACUUUCUGAGCGCAUCGACGGGAUACUAUACUGUGCACGGCCUGGAACCCGGAAUUGAUUACGACAUCAGUGUCAUCACCCUGAUAGAGGGUGGUGGGAAUGUUGCAACUACUCGGAAACAGCAAACCGAGGUGCCAUCUGCUACCAAUAUGCAGUUCACCAAUGUGGAUGCAGACAGCAUGAGGGUCAGCUGGUCACCACCAGACUCCAUCGACCUCUCCAACUUCAUCGUACUUUACGGACCGGUGACAGAUGAGGCUCACACCAACCUCACCAUCCACUCAAGUGACAGCAUGGUGGCCCUGACAGAUCUCCAGCCUGGUACUAACUACAUGGUGCAUAUUAUCUGCGUAAUUGGUGAGAGUCAAAGCGCCCCAUUGAUUGGAACCCAGCAAACAGCCAUCGACUCUCCAAGUGACAUUCAGUUCUCUGAUAUCACCACCAACUCCUUCACUGUGAACUGGCUUCCACCAAAGGUCCAUGUCACUGGCUUCAAAGUACAGGUGCAGCUUGAGAAAGGGGGCGCAGUGAAGACUGAGCGGGUGCCAACUACCCGCACAUCCCACCACCUGACCAACCUACUGCCCGGCUCGGAGUACAUUGUCAGCAUCUCGGCCUUGAGCCGCACGCACGAGAGUUUGCCUGCGAUCGGACAGCAAUCCACCAUCUCAGACUCCCCAACCAACUUGGAAUUCACCAAGUCUACAACUGACAGCCUAACCAUCAGUUGGACCCCACCACCCUUGACUGUCAAAUACUACCGCAUCGCCUAUGGAGAGACUGGAAGCCACAGCCCAGUGCAGGAGAAGACGGUGCAUGGAUCUGACUCAACGACCACCAUCACCAACCUCCGCCCAGACACCCAGUACACUGUCACUGUGUAUGCAGUCACCGGCCGAGGUGACAGUCCGGCAACCAGCAAACCCGUUGUGGGCACCGACUGGACAGAUCGAAGCGGGACGAAGGUGGAGAUGGGGGAAAACAACAAGCUGACCAUCAGCUGGAACACCCCACCUAUUGCACCAGUUAAUGGUUACAGGAUCACCGGCGUACCGUUGAACGGGGAUGGCCAGGAAUUAACUUGGACUGCAACAUCAGGUCAGAACCACUUCACUCUCGAUGGCAUGUCGCCAAUGGUCCGGUACAUGAUCAGUGUGUACGCUCUGGGAGAGCAUGGGGAGAGCACACCCCUCAUUGUGUCAACAGUCACCGCCAUUCCAGCACCAACCGAUCUUGAGUUUAUGCAAGUCACUCCAACAAGUAUGACGAUAAGCUGGCAUGCUCCUGCUGACCCAGUGACUGGUUAUAUUGUGAUAGUGAGUCCAAGGAAGGUGACAGGUCCAAGCCAGAAACUGACCUUUGGCCCAGAUAACACCAGCGCCACACUCUCUGGCCUCAUGGUUGCGACGAAGUACGACAUUAUGGUUUACUCCGUCAGAGAUACCAUGACGAGUAAUGCCUUGCAGGGAAUCAAAGCAACACUAGACGGCGUUAGUUCACCGCGCCACAUCAAAGUGUCCAGUGUGACGGCGAAUACCAUCACCCUUCAAUGGCGCACCAAGGCAGAACCUAUCACUGGCUUCCAGAUCAACGCUGUGCCUUCUAUCAUCGGUGGCACCGUCCAGAGGACCGUGGGACCCAACACUCGCACCUACACCAUCACAGGCCUUAACCCUGGCACGGAGUACAAAAUCAACAUCUUCACCCUGAGUGGCAAUUAUCGCAGCCCACCUGCCUCCGUCACAGUCCAAACCGUUAUUGAUUCUCCAACGAAACUCCGAUUCAUCUCCACGACGCCCGACAGCAUCAUGUUCCUAUGGCAACGUCCCCGCUCCCGAAUUACACGGUAUCACAUCACCUACCAACCCAAAGGAGGGCAACUAAUGGAGCUCAACCCUCAGCCGCCAACCGUGGCCGAAGAAGCGAUUAUCACAGGACUGCAGCCGGACACCGAGUACACCAUCCACAUAAAAGCUUUUCAGAAUUUGCUGCAGAGUAAGCAACUGACUGGGACGAAGAAAACAGGCCGCAAGCCGCAGCCUGUCACUGAAGCCACUCCUGUGCGGCAUCCGGAUAAACCCCCAAUCACUCGGAAGCCAAUGUCACCUGCAGAGGGCAGACAUGGCGCAGGAUAUCCCCUUCCCGUUACAGAAAUACAUCGCGGCCCCUGGAAGCCAGAAGGAUCAACCGAUAAGAGACCCACCACCCACAAGAAGCCAAAGGACGGAAAGAUACCCCAUUCAGGGAACCAUGAACCAAUGGGUGAACACCCCACCGUGUCCACCCAUUGGCCUGAAAACCCUGACGAUGAGAAUGGAUCGCCACCUAGCACCCGACCAUCAGGACCGGAGAAGUCCAGCGUCAGCUGGUCGCCAUUUCCUGGCACCAUCGAAUACCUGGUCACAUAUUACCCUGUUGGUCAUAGCGGACAAACCACGCAGGUGCGUGUACCAGGAUCCUCACACUACGCUGUGCUUCCUGGCCUUGAGUCUGGAACUCAUUACAAAGUGAUAGUGGAAGCUGUGAAUGGUGAUAAGAAACAAAUGGUAAAGGAGACGACAGUCACUGGUGGGUAUCCAAUUAUCGAAACAGCCAAUAACCCUCGGAGAAAAUGCCAUGACACCGUCACCAAUACCCAUUAUAUAAUUGGACAGGAGUGGGAAAAGUUGUCCGAGACUGGAUUGAAAGUGGUGUGCACUUGUUCAAGUGAAAGCGAUGGAAUUGGUCACAUCAGUUGUGACUCACCUGUGUCGUGCCACGAUGGCAACAUGAACUAUCACAUGGGUGAAAAAUGGAAUCGGCGCAGUGAGACUGGCCACUUGCUCAGCUGUACUUGUCUGAGCAGCAGAAAUGGAGAAUAUAAAUGUGAUCGACUUGAAGGAUCAUGUUACGAUGAAGGGAGCAUGUACAACAUUGGAGAACAGUGGCAGAAGGAAUACCUUGGCAACAUUUGCUCAUGCACCUGCGUGGGAGGAUUCCAGGGCUGGCAUUGCAACAACUGCCGAAGGCCUGGAUAUUCCCCAGUAGAUACGGAAGAGUCUGAUUUUGUGACCAAUCCAAGGUAUGUGCACUGUCCGUUGGAAUGCGGUGGCCCGAGGGACGUACUGGCAGUGUCCUCCUUGGAGUAAGAUGGCAGCCAACAAGAUCAAAGUAGCAAGCAAUGGACACUUCCCAAAAUCACAGGAGCUGCUGGCUGCCUGGGUCUAACCUUCCAACACUCUCCUGGCUUCGAUUCGCAAACUCUCCACUUCCUCCAUCCUACCCUAUCACCCGCUUCAUCUACAAUCGCCUGCCAACAAGAGCCAGCGGCAACUCAAGUCGUCUUAAUGGAAAUUGUAAUGGGCUGGUUUUAAAUCCACAACUGCAAUGGGGGGGGGGGGGGAAACGCCUCACAGCUUCUGAAGAAUUGCAACCCUCUCUCCCUACUACAUAUAAGCUAUACAUGGGUUAAAUGAGCGCACUGCUAAUUAAUAAAAUGCACACCCUUCUCUUCAAAUGCCCCUACCCCACUAUCAAAUGAUCAAAGUUGUAAUUGUGUAACUGAAUCAGCUGUUAUUUAUCAGUACUUUCUUCCUUCUUUUCCCCAAUAUAAUGUUGUUAUUCUCUAAUUCUUAUACUGUUGAAUAAACAUGGAUGCUACUGGUGCUGGAAGAUGUUAAUCCUUUGCUGGUAUAUUUUGUGUGAACAGUGAUUGUUUACAGAUAAACAGCAAUUGCCUUACCGGCAAUGGAGAGAUGAACCUCGUUUCAAUAAAACGUUUAAACACGA